GUUGUUCGCCGGCAUGCGAACGCGCCCCGCCGUCGCCGGCAUCUUCGGUCGCCGGGGUUAGGGUUAGGGCUCGGUGGGUGGGUGGGGAAUCGGGGAUGUCUUUCGAUCGACGAGAAUCGGGUGGAGGUCAAAGAGGAGUGGCC